AAUUGUGGUUGGUUGGUUCGUUUUUUCAGGUUGUCAAAAUUUGAGGAACUCUGCAGCAAUCAUGAUGACUUUUCCUAGACUACUUGCUUAGAGAGAACUAUAUUUUCCUGCUGAAGGAGAUAUUGUUAUAAUAAGGUGCUAGAGUUUCACUCGAUAUUCCAAGGUGUGGCUCCAAGUAACCUUGAAGGUUCUCCCAUUCUUCAACCUUAAUAGCCUAUGUUUAUGGACGAAAAAUCAAAAUUUUCGAACCAUGUUCCUGCCUCUUGCAGGCAUCCAUCAUACAAACUUGCAGAAGUUGCAUAAUUUUCUCCGACUGAGUGGGACUGGCCGCACUGUUGGACCUGAUUGGUGCUCCUAUUGAUAGUCGAUAGAAUUUUCUGGUUGCCGAUUGGACUCCGCCAUUGACUUUUUCAAGUCCCAGGAGCUAGUUCUGGACUUCUGGUACUGAGGCUCUUUUUUUUUUGGAGGAACAGGUACUGAGGUUCAGGAAUUGCCUAACUUUGCUCUGGAAAUUUCCUCAGCUUUUAAGUUAGUUGUCUUGAACUUCCCCACUAUUUCAGCGUUUCCUGUCACUUCAAAGGUCAUGUUAGCAUGGCCCAACGAGUAGGCAGGUUAGGCAGUAAUUCAAAUUGUAGUUAUUACGAGUUGGGUCAUUUUGGAUAGUCUUGGCAUCCGAAGGAUCUAUUGUUUGACAGGAUGGACGUUUGGCUUUAUUAGUUGAAGCUUUUUUUUUCAGCCAAAGGACAAAGUGGGUUAUCUUGUGAUGGUUUGGAAGUUUGUGGCCGCGUAGCAUCAUCCCAAGGACAAAGGAAAUAUCAUUAUUUGAGAGGAAGUUCAUUUCGUGCUGGUCCAUGGAGCUUGCCAUGGAGCUUGGUGUUGGUACAAGGUUGUUCCUUUACUGAAACAAGCUGGCUACAAAGUGACGGCUCUCGACUUGGCCGCUUCUGGGAUCCAUCCAAAGCAGGUUACCGAGCUGGGUUCGGUCUCGGACUACCUGGCGGCUGGCGCCACUUAUGGAGUUGAUGACUUCCUUAACAGGAGAAGAAGAGAAGGUGAUCUUAGUUGGACAUAGUAUGGGUGGUGUUGGGAUAUCUGCUGCAAUGGAAAAAUUUGCAGAGAAAGUAGCUGUUGCGGUGUUUGUAGCGGCCAUGAUGCCAGCUCCUCAUCCUGGUGUCAGCUAUUCUGUUACAAAAGAAGAGUGUCUCAAGCAAAUGGAUUUCGUGGAUAGCCAAUUCUCAUUCCAUGAUGGUCCUGAAAAUCCUCCGACCAGUGUAUUGUUUGGACCCAAGGCGAUGUCAACUAAAUUGUACCAGCUCUCCCCGCCUGAGGAUUUAACACUGGGAAUGAUGCUUAUAAGGCCCUGCCCUCUCUUCAACGAUGCGGAAACAGAAGCUGAAAUAGCCCUGACAAGCGAAAAAUACGGAUCAGUUCCUCGAGCUUAUGUUGUCUGUGAAGCAGACGAAAUUAUCAAGCCGCAUCUGCAGAGGUGGAUGAUCGAGAACAACCCAACUGACGAUGUCAAACCCAUAUCUUCUGCUGAUCACAUGGCAAUGUUCUCAAAACCACAUGAGCUCUGCACUUACCUUUUGGAGCUUGCCAGCGAGUAUGCUUGAUGAGUGAACGAUUGCCUCUGGCUUCGCCGCCCGUGGUAAAAGUGGAUCUGGCAAAUUUAUAGAGUGCUACUGAAGUGUAAUUGUAUGUUGUGGAUAUCUUAAUGUGAAAAAGGCGAAACCUUUCUGACGGCUGACGGAGCAGGGUUCCUUUCUCUUCUUUAAUUAAGCGGCCGUUGCUCCAUGUCUGGAGAAGCAGCAGAGUUCCUUUCUCUGCUUAGUGACAAACGAAAACAAAUGUGUAUGAAAUAUGAAAUCAUAUUUCUCGUUCCAGAAGCAAUAUAAAUUCAUUGUACUCGUUCUCUUACAGGAAUUAUGGUUGGUUGGUUCUUUUUUGCAGAUUGACAAAAUUUGAGGAACUCUGCGGCAAUCACAAUGACUUUUCCUAGGUCACUUGCUUAGAAAGAACUAUCUUUUCCAGUUGAAGGAGAGAUCAUUAUAAUAGGGUGCUACAGUCCAACUCGAUAUUCCAAGGUGUGGCUCCAAGUAACCUUGAAGGUUCUCCGAUUCUUCAACCUUAAUAACCUUUGUUUAUGGACGAAAGGUAAAAUUUUCGAAUUAUGCUCCUUCCUCUUGCGGGCUUUCAUUAUACGCAAUUGCAGAAGUUGCAUAAUUUUUCUGACCAAGUGGGACUGGCCGCACUGGUCGCCCUGACGGGUGUUCCUAUUGGUAGUCAAUAGACGUUUCUGGUUGCUGAUUGGACUCUGCUAUGGACUUUUUCAAGUACCAGGAGAUAGUUCUGGACUUCUGGUGCUGAGGUUCAGGAAUUGUCAAACUUGGUGCGUUUCCUGUCACUUCAAAGGUCAUGUUAGCAUGGCCCAGCGAGUAGGCACUAGGCAGGUUAAGUAGUAAUUCAAACUGUAGUUAUUACGAAUUGGGUCAUUCUGGAUAGUCUGAUAUACCCGAAGGAUUUAUUGUUUUGACAGGAUGGACGUUUGGCAUUAUUAGUGGAAACUUAUGAUUUCAGCCAAAGGACAAAGUGGGUUAUCUUGUGAUGGUUUGGAAGUUUGUGGACUGCGUAGCAUCAUCCCAAGGAGAAGGGAAAUAUCAUAAUUUGAGGGGAAGUUGGGAGUUUCUGUAAGCAGAGAAGAGCCAGAUGGAGGAGGAGAAACAGAGUCGUCAUCAUCAUCAUCAUUUCGUGCUGGUCCAUGGAGCUUGCCAUGGAGCUUGGUGUUGGUACAAGGUUGUUCCUUUACUGAAACAAGCUGGCUAUAAAGUGACCGCUCUCGACUUGGGCGCUUCUGGGAUCCAUCCAAAGCAGGUUACCGAGAUGGGUUCGGUCUCGGACUACCUCGCGCCGCUGAUGGAGUUGAUGGCUUCCUUAACAGGAGAAGAAGAGAAGGUGAUCUUAGUUGGACAUAGUAUGGGUGGUGUGCGAUAUCUGUAGCAAUGGAAAAUUUUGCAGAGAAAGUAGCUGUUGCAGUGUAUGUAGCGGCUAUUAUGCCAGCUCCUCAUCCCGGUGUCGGCUACUCUUUUCCAAGAGAAGAGGUGCUUUUCCCCUUCUCUUUCUCGUUCUUUGUUGGAUAAAUUGGUUUUUCAGUUUCACAUCGUAUUAGAGUGUUUAAUCAACUUUGGAUUUGAGUAUAAAGUUGCAAACUUUUAUCCGUUUUGGGUACAAUAAGUUGCAGACUUUUAG